AUGAUAGCAUUACGUGAACUGAAGACCAACACCACGGAUGAGAGCAGUGUGGUAGGCAUAACGGUGGUGAUCGUCGUGAUCGGCGUGUUGUUGAUGUUAGCCGUUUUUCGCCUCUCAAGAACAUCAGCAUCAAUCGCUAUCACUGAUAAGUCAUCGACGCCUUUUGGUGCUCCCGGUUUGAUUUACGUCGCUCCGCCAAAGUUAACAAAUCGAUCGGCGGACUCGUCUGUCGUUUACUAUGCGUCAAGUGGUGUACCGUUCGCAAAAAUGGAAAUUCCGCCACAUUUGCUGUCAUUGAAACAACUUCCAAAUGGAAAUAUUGAAGCGACAAUGCCAAUCGGUCGUCCACUGAUUCGUCCACAAAUGCCAACAUUCGCUCCAUCACCGACACCAUCGCAGUUGCUUUAUUCAUUUGACUACGAACCGAUUUAUGACAUACCGCCUGAUAUGAAUCGCUCAGAGAACAACCUUCGGGAAGAAAACAUCUACGAAAAACCACCGGACCUUCAACCAAGCACUAAGUAG